CCGGGCUGGGACGCAAAUCCGCCUAUUGAGGUGGAGACUCGGGAGCGGAGCUCUCCUGCAACGUCCUGCAACGCCGAGCGGACACCAUGGCGGACAACCGGGACCCUGCCAGCGACCAGAUGAAGCUCUGGAAGGACCAGCGGGCGCAGCAGAAGCCUGAUGUCCUGACCACAGGGGCUGGGAAUCCCAUCGGGGACAAGCUCAACAUCAUGACAGCGGGCCCCCGAGGGCCUCUGCUGGUUCAGGAUGUGGUUUUCACUGAUGAGAUGGCGCACUUCGACCGAGAGAGAAUUCCCGAGCGCGUCGUGCACGCUAAAGGAGCCGGGGCCUUCGGCUACUUUGAGGUCACACAUGACAUCACGAAAUACUCCAAGGCCAAGGUGUUCGAGCAUGUUGGGAAGAGGACUCCCAUCGCCGUCCGGUUCUCCACUGUCGCUGGAGAAGCGGGCUCAGCAGACACCGUUCGGGACCCUCGUGGCUUUGCGGUGAAAUUUUACACAGAAGAUGGUAACUGGGAUCUCGUUGGAAAUAACACCCCGAUUUUCUUUAUUAGGGACGCCAUACUGUUUCCAUCUUUUGUCCACAGUCAAAAAAGAAACCCUCAAACACACCUGAAGGACCCAGACAUGGUGUGGGACUUCUGGAGCCUGCGACCUGAAUCUCUGCAUCAGGUGUCUUUCUUAUUCAGUGACCGUGGGAUUCCAGAUGGGCACAGGCACAUGAAUGGAUAUGGGUCCCACACUUUCAAGCUGGUUAACGCCAGUGGAGAAGCAGUUUAUUGCAAGUUCCACUAUAAGACUGACCAGGGCAUCAAAAACCUCUCUGUGGAGGAAGCGGCCAGACUUUCCCAGGAUGACCCCGAUUAUGGCCUCCGGGACCUUUUCAAUGCCAUCGCCACCGGCAACUACCCUUCAUGGACCUUCUACAUCCAGGUCAUGACGUUCAGUCAGGCAGAAAAGUUUGAAUUCAAUCCAUUUGAUUUAACCAAGAUAUGGCCUCAUAAGGACUACCCUCUUAUCCCAGUUGGUAAACUGGUCUUAAACCGGAAUCCAGUUAAUUACUUUGCUGAGGUCGAACAGAUCGCCUUUGACCCAAGCAACAUGCCACCCGGCAUUGAGCCCAGCCCUGACAAAAUGCUUCAGGGCCGUCUGUUCGCCUACCCCGACACCCACCGCCACCGCCUGGGCCCCAACUAUCUCCAGAUCCCCGUGAACUGUCCAUUCCGGGCUCGAGUGGCCAACUACCAGCGCGAUGGGCCCAUGUGCAUGUACGACAACCAGGGCGGCGCCCCCAACUACUACCCCAACAGCUUCAGCGCCCCGGAGCAGCAGCCCCGGGCCCUGGAGCACGGCGCCCGGGCCUCCGCUGACGUGCGGCGCUACAACAGCGCCAACGAGGACAACGUGACCCAGGUGCGGACCUUCUAUACCAGUGUGCUGAAUGAGGAGGAGAGGACCCGCCUGUGUGAGAACAUUGCUGGCCACCUGAAAGACGCGCAACUCUUCAUCCAGAAGAAAGCGGUGAAGAACUUCAGUGAUGUGCAUCCUGACUACGGUGCCCGCAUUCAGGCCCUUUUGGACAAACACAACGCGACAAAAUCUAAGGGCGCAAUUCAUACCUUUAUGCAACAUGGGUCGCACUUGGCGGCGAAGGAGAAAGCUAAUCUGUGAGAGUCAGAGGCCAGCGCGGCUUUCACCUGCAAUCCACCCAUCAACUCACUCGUGCCGGAUAGAAGAUGCCCCUGUGCUAGACGCACAGAUGCAAGCUAAUGUCUGCGGAUGAUGUACCCAGUUCCUGUAGCAAAUGAUGUGAUAACAGCUUCUGCUGCUGCUUCCCUAGGGGACAAUGAAGGUUAAGGCUUAACAAUCAUAACAAUCAUUUAAUACAAAGUAUUUUUUUUUUUUUUGCUUUUGACAGUUGGGCAGCUUAUUAACUUGAAAUGGUUAGAAUAAAAACGUUAGGCAGAUGUUACUUUCAUUCAUAAGAGAAAAAUCACUUUGUUGAAAUUGGUCUUUUUCUGUCAGAGGAUGGCCAGUUAUAUGAAAACAUGGCUAUAAUUGUAUCCGCAGAAAGGAUAAAGAUCAUCUACUUAGAAAUGUUAAUUUUUCUAAGUUCUUAGAGGAAAGAUCAGUGUCUCUCUAGAGUAACAUUAAUACUUUGUGGAAAAGGCUUAUUCCUGCUUGGAAUUGAUCGGAUUUUCUUUUUCAAAUUUGGAAUUAACGUUUAUGCUGAUACAGCAUUGAUUUUUUUUGCAAGACUGAUUUGUAAUUGCUUACCUUUUUACAAUAAAAUAAUCUGUACGUAAGAAUA